CUCCCUCUCUCUCUCUCUCUCUCGUCACUUCACUCUCUCUUCUCUCUCUCAAAAGCUGUGCGAUUCCUACUCAAAUUUCAAAUCUUUGUCAGAUUUUUUCGAGCUUGGAAAAGACUGGUGUCAAGAAUUUCGCAUUUUUCAGUUCGAAAUCAGUUUUCUCGCCAUUUUCCUGGGGGUUCUUCCUGUAGCGGAAACUGCUGGAAUACUAAAGAUUUGCUCGGAUAAAGAAAAAUGGAGAAGAUCACAUCCGAUUCAUAGAAUUUGGCAGGAAAGAUUCCAGCUUUACAGGGGGGGAAUACAAGAAUCUCAAAGAACAGAAGAAAGAGACCGCCUUUGUUGUAAUAGAAUCUUGUUUGAGAUCAGUUCAUUGAUUCAGGGGAGUGGAAAAAAUGUUGGAGCCUGUCCUGAGCUCAACUAGGGUUUUCUCUGCGUUCCGUGAAGAGUGCGGAGACGAAGAACUGUCGGUUCUCCCUCGCCAUACCAAAGUGAUUGUCACAGGGAACAACAGAACUAAAUCUGUGUUGGUGGGUUUACAAGGCGUGGUGAAGAAAGCUGUUGGUCUUGGCGGCUGGCACUGGCUGGUUCUGAAAAAUGGGAUUGAGGUGAAACUCCAGAGAAAUGCAUUGAGCGUGCUGGAGCAUCCGACCGGGGACGAGCUAGAGGAUGACGAGGAGGAGAUCGAUAUGUUCAGCAGCGGAUCGGAUAUUAUUGCAGACAAGGAACAUGAUUUCGAUACUGGAUUAGGGUUCCACAGGAUGAGCAGACCGGCAAGAAUCAGACAGACAAAGCCAUGGAUUUCAUCUUCACUUGCUCGAGCAAAUCGUAGCAGCAGCAGCAGCUACCGAGACGUUCAAUCCAUUCUCCGUUCAAGAGUGAACUUUGGGAAACUGGGAUCAAGUGCAUUGAGAAGAUAUUGCAGACACUUCCACCUUGUGAGCUUUUUUUUCUUCUCUCCCUAUUUCUCUGAGAUUCUUCUACGUACGAUUUUUUUCUUUCACGUGGGUUCUUUUUUUUUUUGGUGCAUGGGCAGCGUGGUAUCAAUCAAGAUUCGUCAAGGGAUCAGAUGCUCCAUGCCAUGCAGCUCCAUUUCACGUCACUGCCUCGGGUGAAUGAAGAACAGGUCAUAUCAGACUUCGUUGUGGCGGCCAAAAGAUCGAGGCGGAUGGAGGAUUGAUUAACCGACAUUGAUACCACAUAUAUGUAUAUGUAUACGUAAUCGACUAUCUCUAACAUUUGUAUUUGACUUAACAGAUCCAUCAUCUUUGUCUCUUGAUCUCCAUCUGAUAAAUUAGUGGUUGUCUGUCUCCCCAUGUUCUAGCCCUCUCUCUCUCUCUAUAUAUAUAUAUAUAUAUGUAUAUGUAAAUGUAUAUACUUUGAAACUGUUACAAAAUAUCUUUGUAUU